GACGCUGAUGUCUUCGGGCUGCCUUCGUGACGACGAUAGGCGCCUGGCCGCGACGAGCCCUUGAGGCACGGAGACCGACUUCUUGUGUGGGAGGGCAGCCGCUACAGGCUGCCGGAGGCUGCCCAACGUUUGCCGGUUUCCUAGAGUGUCGACGCUAGCACAUGCACAGCGGCGUGGGCAGUCCACAAUCCGGCUGGGGCCCAGGCGUGGCGCACAUUACGCUGCAAACGUCCUCCCGGCUGCCCGAUCUAUGCGCCGCAGCAUGGCGAGGUGAGUGACCACACUCCCCCACCUGUUUGGGCUUGUUUGGCAGCCCCACGCCGACACGCCGUCGGCGCGACCUCCGUGACGCCUGCUCGACGGCGGCGAACCAAGAUGCAGGCCGAGGACCGCGACGCCUACGUCGCCGACGACGCGGCGAUCGCCGCGGCGCUCCGCGACGACGAGGCGAUCCUGGACGUAUACCAAGAGGCGGGCGGCGCGGACGUCUGGCGGCGGCCGCCCACCGCGGACCGGCCGCCUUCAUCAGAUCACUUGACUGGCGUCCGGAGCCCCGCGCCGGGUCCGGACGACGCCGCGCCCUCGAGGCCGCAGAGCCCCGAGCCGGAGCCGAUCGCGCCGACGCGGAGGCGCCCCAGCACCGCGGAGGCGCCCGCGCCCUCGAUACCCGGCGACGCCAAGUGGGUCAAAUCUUGUAGACCGCACACGACCAAGCGGACGGCCGAGAAGUGGCGACUCUACAACGAAGCUUUGCUAUGCCUCGCGCAGAACGAUUAUGAGGGCGCGGCAGCAUUACUCGAGCCGCUCACGGACCAGUACGAUCGCAAGGCGCCCUUCCGCGAGGACCCCGACGCGCUAUUUCGCAUGGCCCAGGUCUCGCUCUGUCGCAUGCGGCGCGACGAGGCGCAAAACUGGCCGGCGGCGGCGUGGCUGGACGAAGAACGACCGCCAAGUAUGAGGGAAAGACUGAGUUCCGUGAGGACGAAGAUGCGGACCUUCGGGAGCUUCGGUUCCAGGAAGGACGAAUCCUUGGACGAACGCCCCGUGUCAUUGGGAGACGCGCCGCGGAAGAAAAGACCAAGCUUCGCGUCGGCCGCGAAGGCCCUGUCGCGGCUUGGAUUGGGACGGGCGCCGGCGCCGGCGCCCGCGGCUUUUGUGGAUCCGAUGGUUGCAGUCGCUCAGAAGGAGCUCGCUGCCGCCAUCGCGGCGCCGGGGACCCAAUACAGAAAAAGACGGAAGGCCCGCGCGUUGCAGAUUAUUCACUCAUAUUUGGAUCGCGCUUUACAAGCCAUCGAGAAGCAUUCUGUAAAAAACGAUUUUGACGACUGCUGGCGGCGCAUCCAACUGGAACGCAUGAAUUUGUAUUUAGAGCACGGCGACGAAAAACAAGCGUAUGAGAUCGCAAAGCAGCGUGAUUUAGUUCUGUUCGAGCCCGAGGCCGCGCUCUAUCUAGCUGAAAGAUACCUGGAGGAAGGGAGGGAUGACGAGGCGUCGGCAUUGACGCGAAGAGCUGUCAGGUGGCACGCGCACGUCCAGCGGAUCCAAGGUUUUGUGAAUGAGACGCCGCCCGAAGUGUCGCACGACCUCGACUGGGCCUUCGGCGACGUCGGGGAAAGGAACCCCUUCUUCGCUUCUGAUGAAGUAGAUCCCGUGGAGGAGGAGGCGGCUCCUACGAAAAAGUCGGUCUGGGCCUCUCCGGACAUCGCGCGCCCGGCGGCGGCGCCGACGGUCUGGCGGCCCGGGAGGACCGAGCUCGACGCGGACGUGGCCCGCGAAGACGGCGCUCUUGCGGCCAUCACCUUCGGGCGCCGAGAACUGGAGAUUCCUGACAAAAAACCGCCGCGGGGCGGCGUCCUCCACUUCCCGGGCUCGGACACGCUGGAUGACAGUAGUUUCAGAAACCCACCCCGCGGCGCGCCGCCGGAGGGGGAUAAUAUCAAGUAGUCUGUA